CUGAGAAAUUGACUCUUGAUGAAGAAAUUUAAGCACCAAAAUGUUAAUACAAUAUUUUGGAAUAAAACGAGAGGAAUUCUGGCUCUAAAAGGAGAACAAUCGUAAGAGAAAAGCAUGGGAAAGAAUGGGACAUUGCAGGGCUUUUAUACAGGAAGAAUUUCCGUCAGGCGAGUAGGCCGGCGGCCGUAGGUCAGCCAGCCGCCGCUGUCGAGAAACUUCGUGAAAACGUGGAUCAGUCAAUGCCGUCGUCCACAGGCGGGAGGCAGGCGCCCGCCUGCCAGCCCGUCGGUGCCUUCCAAGAAUGUCUUCGCCGCUGCUCGUUUUCAGGAGAGCGCUGCCGCCUUCCGACCGACGGCAAGGCAGGCGGCCGCCUGCCUGUUGCGCCGCUCUGGUCUGUCAAUGGUAUCCUGCUUAAAAUCUUGUUCUGAAUACUUUUUCCUUCUGCACCGACUUCUAAUUCCGCAAUGUUUGUGAGAUAGAAUUAUUUUUCUAUUCAAAAUUAACUCUUUUUGUUCUAUUCUUGGCACAAUUUUUGUAUGUUAAUUCAAAACUAUUUUUUUAGAGUAAAUUCCAUAAACGGUCCCUAGUUAUAAGUCGUUUUACAUAUUUAGUCCAUACAUAUCAAAUAUUACGUACUAAAUUAGUCCCUAAUUAUUAUAUUCAUUUCUACGAAUGGUCCUUUGUUAACAUUUCCGUUAAAAAUGUGGAUAAAAGUGUAAAUUCACACUCAUCUCUCUCCUCAAUUAAGCUUCAUCCCUCCUCUCAUACUCUUUCUCAAACUCAUCGUUGAGUUUGAAGCUCUAAACCCAAAACUGAAAUGAUCAUUCCUCUCUCAAUUAUUAGUCUUCCUGGUGGAACCUAAAAGAAAAACAAAAUAAGCUUUAUGGAUGAGUUUUAUCAGUUAGUUUCAAGAAAUUGCAAAGAAAAUAAACAUUAAAACUCAUCCAUGAAGGUUACUCGUUUCGAAUUUGGGUUCCACCAGUUAGACAAACAAUUGAGAGAAGAGUGAUGAUUUUGGUUUUGGGUUCAAAGCUUCAAACUCAACGACGGGUUUGGGAAAGGAGUGCGAGAGGAGGGAGGAAGUUUAAUUGAGGAGAGAAAAGAGUGUGAAUUUACAAUUUUAUCCACGUUCUUAACAGAAAUGUUAACAAAGGACCAUUUGUGGAAAUAAAUAUAAUAAUUGGGGACUAAAUUAGUAAUAUUUUAUAUGUAUGGACUAAAUAUGUAAAACGACUUAUAACUCGGGACCUUUUAUGGAAUUUACUCUUUUUUUAUGAUCAAAUUAUCAAAACAUAUUAUUUUGAAGAAAAAGAAUAAAAAAAAUUAUUAAUUUGAUAAUUAAAAUGGUACAAGAACGUAUUGAAUAUGAGUAAAAAUAUAAGUAUGAAACGGACUUAUCAGGGAUGAUGGUCAGACCUUCGCCACCGGUGGCGAAAUGCACAUCCUCCUCUUCCUCUGGAAAAGUACACCGGCGAUGUGUUAGGAUCGAAUCAAGAACACUCACAAUCAAUCCGAUGAAGAAGGUGAAGAAAAAACGAGAGAGUAAAAGAAGAGAGAGAAAGUGAAACACGUGAAAUAACGUGGUAACACCCCGUGAGUAAACUUCCACGGCGGCCUAGAUGUGUUUAUUGAUGAUUUCAGGCACAUACAAUUACAGAGAAUUUGGAGACAUGACACUCCCUGAAUAUCGUCAGAAGUUUACCAAACUCGCAAAGUUUGCACCAACCAUAGUAAAUACCCCAACCGAUCGCAUUGAGGAGUUCAGGAAGAAACUUCGACCUGACCUCAGGUCACGUGUAUCUGUUCUAACCACUAUGGAUUUCGCGGAGGCCUACGAUCUCAUUGCCAGGGCAGACAGCGACUUGAGUGCUUGCAUUGAGUAUCUGAAGACAAAUAAUGUCAGCUCAAGCACUCACCGUCCCACCGGCUCUGCCUCAAAAGGGAAAAGGCCCUUUCAAGAACCUAGCAAUUCACAUUUCUCUAAAAAGGGAAAAUCUGUACAAACUCAGUCGAUGGCCUCCAUUGAUAAGUCCAAAAAGCGGAGGUAUCCAGCUUGCGAGCACUGUGGAAGGAAUCACCCUAGAGAAUGCUGGCUUAAGCAAGGGUUGUGUCUCGGCUGUGGAAAACCAGGACACUUUAGAAAGGAGUGCCCUACAAACCCCGGAGAACCGUAUCCACCUGCUCCUGUUGUUAGUCAAGCAGCAUCGGCACGACCUGCACCAAGUCAACGCUCAACAGCGGGGUCUAAUCCAGCCAAGAAUCAGAACCAACAACAAGGACGAGCUCCUUCUCGUACAUAUGCAAUGAAAGCACGAAUUGAGGAGAACCCUGACGUCAUCCAGGCUGUCUACCACUCUACGGACGACUAGAGUCUCAACUCUCAAGUAAAGGCCGCCAGCCGUCCCGCCGACAGCCCCAGUUUCGACAACCGUCGGCGUCGAGUCUCUGGCCGAUUCCUCCUGCUCGCCACGACGCCGAUCGGAAUCUUCAAUUCUUCACUCUGCCAGGUUUUUUUAUAAAUAAUUAUUGAAUGUGAAU